AUGAUGUACGAUGAAUACAUUACUGAAAAAAAGAAACAAAAGAACCUAUUUGGAUUUUUACAGAGGAGUACCAACAAUGGGAAACAUCAGCAUCAGAUAAACAAUAAGAAAGAAACAAUAAUUACUCGAGGCAUUUUCGGUGCACCAUUGAAAGCUGCUAGUCUUUGCGGUUGUUGUACAGAUAUUGGUUUAAGCAUACCAGGUCCUGUUUAUCGAUGUUUCGAAGAGAUCAAAAAAAGAGGCCUCUUUACAGAGGGUAUCUUCAGGUUAUCAGGUGGUGCCGCAGAAAUUCAACAACUGAUCAGUAGCUUUGAUACACCACCUACUUAUGGAAGGUACAUGGAUCUUAGUCAUUACGAUAUACACGCUAUCACCUGCGUUGUGAAGAAAUAUUUACGACAGUUGCCCGAUCCUGCUAUCCCAGUACAGUUCCAUGAUAAGUUUAUGCAGCUCUAUGACGAAGGACUUCAAAUAGAUUUAACGACAAAAACAUUGGGCUGUUUGCUCCAACAAUUACCAAAGGAGCAUUUUCAUCUAAUAUACUACAUCAUCCUUCUCUGUUCAGAUAUUUUGAAGCAUGCAGAUAAAAAUAUGAUGAAUUCAGAAGCUCUAGCUGUCGUUUUCGCACCUGUUUGUACAGGGUUCGAGCAACAUUUGAAAGCGUCGUCCACGUCCAACUCCUCAACAUCAUGGCUUAACAAGCGUCGCCACUCACCAGUACCUAUGAGGAAAUCAUCCUCGUCCUCCUCUUCAACAAGCUCGAUGACGACUACUUUGGCCACUGCGAGUUCAAGUGCUAGUACAAACACAACCUCUACCUCCCUGAGUGCAGCCAAGCUACUGACGAUCAACUACAAUAAUGAAGCCAUGAGUCAAUGUAUGGAAAUCAAUGCAAAAUGGACAAGAAUUUGGGCCCUCCUGAUAGAGUAUAAUGAUCGACUGCUUCAGUUAUGGAAAGAUAUACCAUUAUAUGAUCAUUAUCCAUUGAGCACUACAAGAAGUAGCAACGGUGGUCAUGACACAUCGACAAAUUCAACAGCAUGGAUGACCAACAAUACGAUGCCUUGUUUAUCACCUACAAAGCAAAACUCAUUUACCACCACCACCACCACCACCACAACAGCAACAACUUCUGCUGCUGCUGAUGCUGCAACUUCUGCUGCAACCACCAUGACGAAGGAUCAUUCUUUAAUGGGACUGCAUUCUGCGUCGGUUGUGACAAUGACAACAUCCAUGGAACAAAGAGGAGGAGAUGCAUCGUCCAUACCAUCAGAUGAUUAUUUGUUAAAUAUUGCCCCAGCGUUAUUAGUGGGAAACAAAAAGGCAACAAAGAAGAGGCAUUCAUUGAAUAACAGUAAGAAUAAUAGUCAGCAACGUGAGGAUGAUUUAUACAAGGUCGUCGUUUUGAGGAGACCUCGACAAAAUUCUUGCAGCAGAGCCCUGUUCAAUCUGAACAACAGUGAUAGUGAGUUCAAUGACGGUGUUGACAAUCAUCCUACGAUUUCAAGUUUGAAUGACAAUAGAUCAGUGCUUCAGCAACAGGGCGCUCCACCCCCAGUCCCCCCUCAUACACGUACAUCCUCCAUUGCAAACAUUUUGAGAAAUAGUAAAAGAAGCCUUUCAAGAGCAACAGCAGCUAAUUCCAAUAAUCACCAUAAAAAUGCAACGGCAGCAGCGGUAGCAGUGCCAGUAACAAUACCAACUAUCAUCGUACAGCCGCAGUAA